AUGUCGGGUUUUGUGGGAGUUCUCGUCUCCGAUCCUUGGCUUCAGAGCCAAUUUACUCAAGUCGAGCUUCGAACUCUUCAAUCCAAAUUUGUGUCAGCAAGAAAUCAAUCUGGGAAGGUUAUACUGGGUGCUUUGCCACCAAUUAUGGUGCAGUUGAAAUCCAUCGUCGAUGUUUUAAAACAGGACGAGGUCAAGGACAUCUUGAGUGAAUCGUCUACCGACUUUGACCAAGAAAUUGAUUUUGAAUCCUUCCUUCGGGCAUAUUUGAACCUACAAGCUCGAGCGAAAGCAAAAGUAGGGGGUUCGAAAAGGGCAUCUGCUUUCCUAAAGAACUCGUCUUCGUUCCUAAAAAGUUCAACAACAACACUUCGCCACACAAUCAGUGAAUCAGAGAAGUCAUCUUACGUUGCCCAUAUCAACAGCUUUCUCGGAGAAGAUUCCUUCUUGAAUAAGUAUCUCCCUAUUGAUCCAUCAUCAAAUUCUCUCUUUGACUUGGCCAAAGACGGAGUUCUUUUGUGUAAACUGAUAAAUGUAGCUGUGCCUGGUACUAUAGACGAGCGUGCAAUUAAUACAAAACCGGUGCUAAAUCCAUGGGAGAGGAACGAAAACCAUACUCUGUGCCUCAAUUCUGCAAAGGCAAUUGGAUGUACUGUGGUUAAUAUUGGGACACAGGAUCUCAUUGAAGCAAGAGUGAGUAAUUAA